AGCACGUGUCUGCCUGAAGCAGCGAGGGGGCGGUCCGUCGCCCAUCGCGCUGCUCCGGUCGCACUGCUCCUGCACGAGACGCUGGAGAUGUCGGAUCCACGGAGGAUGACGGCGACUUCAACCGGGAGGCGCUGAGCAGAGACCUGGACCCGGACUGACCCCCUUUUAGGACGUUUAAAGAGGCACCGGCUGCACAGUGAGUCACCUCCACAGAACAGGGAGUUUAUGGAGAGGAGCUAACUUGGCUGUACUGAGCCGCCCACAGCUUUCCCGCGCUCCCCCGCCCUCUCCAGCUGCAUCAUGGGAGACGUAGUCCAGAUGCACUUCAGCACGGUGGACUAUGUGAUCUUUGCGUUGCUGCUGGUGGCGUCGACGGGCAUCGGCCUCUUCUACGCCUUCUCCGGGGGGCGCCAGCGGACCACGCAGGAGUUCCUGCUGGCGGACCGCUCCAUGAGCUGCCUGCCCGUGUCGCUGUCGCUGCUGGCCACCUUCCAGUCGGCCGUGGCCAUCCUGGGAGCGCCGUCGGAGGUGUACACCUUCGGCACGCAGUACUGGUUCCUGGGCUGCUCAUACUUCCUGGGGCUGCUCAUCCCCGCCCACGUCUUCAUCCCCGUCUUCUACCGCCUGCGCCUGUCCAGCGCCUACGAGUAUCUGGAGCUGCGCUUCAACAAGACGGUCCGGAUCUGUGGGACGAUCACCUUCAUCUUCCAGAUGGUGAUCUACAUGGGGGUGGUGCUGUACGCCCCCGCUCUGGCCCUCAACGCAGUAACUGGGUUUGACCUCUGGGGGGCGGUGUUGGCUAUGGGCCUUGUGUGCACACUGUACACUGCACUGGGAGGUCUGAAGGCGGUGAUCUGGACGGACGUGUUCCAGACGGUGGUGAUGUUCGCCGGGCAGCUGGCGGUCAUCGUGGUGGGGACCAGCCAGGCCGGGGGCAUCUCCGAGGUGUGGAGGAAGGCCAUGAACGGCAGCCGCAUCGCCUCCCUGGACCUGAACCCCGACCCCCUGGAGAGGCACACCUUCUGGACGCUGGGCGUGGGCGGGGUCUUCCUGAUGCUGGCGCUGUACGGAGUCAACCAGGCCCAGGUCCAACGCUACCUGAGCUCCAGGACGGAGAGGGAGGCUGUGAUGUCUUGCUACGUGGUGUUCCCGUGCCAGCAGAUCGUUCUGUCUCUGGGCUGUCUCAUGGGGCUUGUGAUGUUCGCCCGCUACGGAGAGGACAGCCCUCUGGACAAGGGCUACGUCAAGACCAAGGACCAGAUGGUGCUCUACUUCGUGAUGGACGUCUUCAGAGACCUGCCGGGUCUGCCUGGUCUCUUCGUGGCCUGCCUCUUCAGCGGAGCUCUCAGUACAAUCUCUUCGGCCUUUAACUCCCUAGCAACAGUAACCAUGGAGGACCUUAUCAAGCCCUUUUUCCCAAACAUGACUGAAGCCAAAGCUACGCUGCUCUCCAAGGCUCUAGCCCUUGGCUACGGUCUGGUGUGUCUGGCCAUGGCCUACGUCGCCUCCCUCAUGGGUUCGGUUCUCCAGGCGGCCUUCAGCAUCUUCGGCAUGGUGGGAGGACCCCUACUGGGCCUCUUCUGCCUCGGAAUGUUCUUCCCCUGGGCCAACUCCACGGGGGCUCUGGUGGGCCUGUUCUCAGGUUUGGCCAUGGCCUUCUGGAUCGGGAUCGGCAGCUUCGUGAUGCGUCUGCCCGGCCCCGACCUCCUGCCGUACGCCAACACGACGGCCCCGCCCCUCCUGGGCAACAUGACGACGGUUGCCAUGACGACGCUGGUCAGCGCCAUGACGAACAAGACUAGGUCCAGUGGGGUGGAGGCCAUCUACAACCUGUCCUACAUGUGGUACAGCGCCCACAACUCUGCUACCGUGGUGCUGGUGGGGCUGCUGGUCAGCCUGAUCACAGGGCCCAUGAAGGAGAAGGACCUGACCCCCGGGACGGUGUUCCCGGUGUUGGGCACCCUGCUGUUCUUCCUGCCCGAGCGCUACAAGGAGAAGCUGUGCUGCGUGACCCCACUGGGCCACAAGCAUAAGGACGCCCAGCCCUACCUGACGGCCCAGAAGGAGAACCAGGAGGAGGUGGAGGAGGAGGUGGGGGGGCGCAAGGGGGCGGGGGAGAAGCUGGUGGAGGCCGGCCUGGCCGCCCCCCGGGCCUCCACCACCCUGAGCCCCCACCCCUCCGAAGAGACCGCCCUCUAACACACACACACACACACACACACACACACACACACACACACACACACACACACACACACACACACACACACACACACACACACACACACACACACACACACACACACACACACACACACGAGCUGCCAAAAUCGUCGUGGAGACGACGGUGUCACCUGACCCUGGGAGGUCGAAGGUCAAGGCGAGGAUCUCGUCUACGGAACAGUUCGACACUCUGCGUGUUUUUCUAAGUUAUUUUUGUACAGAAGACGAAGAGCACAUUUUAUCUCCAAGAGAAUAUAAUAUUAUAAAAGAAAGAAGAAUAACUGACAAGCUCCGAGAUGAAGUCCAUGUACCUCAGUUCAGCAGAGUCCAGACCUGCUCCCGCUGGCCCCAGACCCCCCGUCCUAAUGAGGCCCUGGUUGAGAGCCUAUGGGGUCCCCUGUCCAGCUGCGCCACAGAGCCUAUGGGUUCCCCUGUCUAGCUGCGCCACAGAGCCUAUGGAGUCUCCUGUCUAGCAGCGUCACAGAGCCUAUGGGUUCCCCUGUCUAGCUGCGCCACAGAGCCUAUGGGUUCCCCUGUCCAACUGCGCCAUAGAGCCUAUGGGUUCCCCUGCUAGCUGCGCCACAGAGCCUAUGGGUUCCCCUGUCUAGCUGCGCCACAGAGCCUAUGGGGUCCCCUGUCCAGCUGCACCACAGAGCCUAUGGGUUCCCCUGUCUAGCUGCGCCACAGAGCCUAUGGGUUCCCCUGUCUCGCUGCGCCACAGAGCCUAUGGGGUCCACUGUCUAGCUGCGCCACAGAGCCUAUGGGGUCCCCUGUCUAGCUGCGCCACAGUGUGAACACGCCAAUUUAGAUGACCUGUCGGGUCGGCAGCAGUACCUGGAACCUCUUCAGGCCUAUAGGAGCACAGGAAGAAACCUGUGGAUGUGAUGUCACUUCCUGCUGGUGUUUCUGCUCAUAUGCUUGUCAAGGAGAUUACCUGUCUACAGCUGGGCUAACCUUCAUGGAGCGUGGCUAGCGGUGGAGCUACAGCUUGGCUAACGUUCAUGGAGCGUGGCUAGCGGUGGAGCUACAGCUUGGCUAACGUUCAUGGAGCGGGGCUAGCGGUGGAGCUACAGCUGGGCUAACCUUCCUGUACUGUUGGCUAGCGGUGGAGCUACAGCUGGGCUAACCUUCCUGUAGUGUUGGCUAGCGCUGGAGCUACAGCUGGGCUAACCUCCCUGUAGUGUUGGCUAGCGCUGGAGCUGCAGCUGGGCUAACCUUCCUGUAGUGUUGGCUAGCGGUGGAGCUACAGCUGGGCUAACCUCCCUGUAGUGUUGGCUAGCGGUGGAGCUACAGCUGGGCUAACCUUCCUGUACUGUUGGCUAGCGGUGGAGCUACAGCUGGGCUAACCUUCCUGUAGUGUUGGCUAGCGGUGGAGCUACAGCUGGGCUAACCUUCCUGUACUGUUGGCUAGCGGUGGAGCUACAGCUGGGCUAACCUUCCUGUAGUGUUGGCUAGCGCUGGAGCUACAGCUGGGCUAACCUCCCUGUAGUGUUGGCUAGCGCUGGAGCUGCAGCUGGGCUAACCUUCCUGUAGUGUUGGCUAGCGGUGGAGCUACAGCUGGGCUAACCUUUGGCAUAGUGAUAAGUGAUGAUGUAGUUGAGUAGGUAUAAGGAUGAACACAGCGCCACAGCAGCCUGUCCAGCCAAACACAUCCACUGUGUUUCACAUUAGACACUUCAGCUAGCUUACAUUUACAUACCUGUUAGCUAGUCUGCUUGACUCUUGGCUCCGAACUCUGACCUGCUACUCUAGAACUGCUCUUUGAAUCCUGGCUCUAGAACUGCUCUUUAAGUCCUAGAUCUGCUCUUUAAGUCCUAGCUCUUGCCCUGCUCUUUGCCGUACACGGUUAACCGGUCAGCGAAGAUGGUGAAUAAACGUACGGCCCCGCAGGUGAACAGCGGUGCCUCACAUCCUGUUGCUCGGCUUCAAAGUAAAAUUCCCCCUCAGGAUUCCGAUUCAACCGUCUGGAUAUUCUUAGUGGCACCGACUCAGUGGUCCUAGUCAACCCCCCUCCUCCCCCCCUUCCGGUUCUGAAUAGCGUCUGUGUGGUAGUGUAGUGUGUCUUCAUAGUCUAGUGGGUCUCCGUCAGACCUCAGAGGCGGUCGGCGGCAGGUCCAGACCUGAGAGAAGAGCUGGGUUCAUCCUGGUCUACCCAGGCCUUACCCUGGGAGGUACCACUAGACCGCCACCUUUUAUAAGGCAACGUCGUCACUGGUAGCGUUUGUGAUGCAGGGUAACACGUUUGUUUUUUUGAAGCAGAUGUUAUUACAUGUCACUGUAAUGUGUUUCAAGUCGUUCUUGGUAACUGAAGUGCCCUCUGGGGCAGAGAGGAUGUCGUGGUGGACCCCUGUGGUGUUUUACUUGAGUGUUUUUAUAUUUGAGGUCUGAACUCUGAACCGGUUCACCGCCGCCCUCCGUCAGGGCGCCCUGAGCUCAGCAUUACUGUGAGCAACCUUUGGCCACCAUCACGUGGAUGUCCGUGGGCAGUGUUGCCAGAUUGGGAGAGAUAUCCCGUCCAACCUGGCCCAAUCUGGCAACGCGGUCAGUACCGCAAACGUUCCAUAUGUCCAGUGUGUUUUAUACUCGUUAUGAUGAUGGCCAAUCACGAAGCCACUGGUUAGGUCAUGUGACAUGUGGUGGUA